AUGGAGCGUCGAAGAGCCUCCGACCAAGGGCUGGGCACGGAGGUCCUCCGCUGCAGCACCUCCAGCCCCAGCAAGCACCGGAAAGGACCCCGCAGCGGCCAUCAGCAGGCGCACCCGCCCCACCCGCAACUGCACCGUCCUGCCGCCAGCCCUGCCCACGGGCGCCGCCGCAAGCCCGAGCGCCCCUCCCCCGGCCGCUCGGACCACUCGCCAGAGCCCCCGGCGCAGCGCCGCAGGGGCCACCACGGGCGCCUGGCUGCCGCGCCACCGCCCCAGCGGCCCCGCGGCUGCAGCAGCGAGGAGGGCAGCGACAACGGUGACGACGCCGACGAGCAGCAGGAGCUUGCGGACGCGGCCCGCGAGGCGGCGACCCUUCGCAAGGGCAAGGCGGCCGCCGGGCAGCUGCAGCACGGCCUGCCGCCGGACAGGCUCGCCGGCGCGGUGGCCCACGUGUCGCAGGCGACGGGCAUGGGGGCGGGGGACGCGGAGGAGUGCCUGCUGGCCACCGCGGAGCACUGGCAGGACUGGAACAGGUGGAUGGACGAGGCGCUGAUGUGGGUCGCCAACAAGCACGAGAAUGACGAGGAGGCAGACAAGCUGCGGCUGGCCAUGGAGGCGAGCCUGGCGGAGCGGGAGCGCGCGGCCAACCAGGAGCGCCCGCAGCCGCUGGUCAACCUCUCGGAGGAGCGGCUCAGGGAGCGCUUCAAGGGGUCCAUCGUGCUGGACAAGCUCAAUGCGGCCUGCUCCGGGGAGGUGCUGUUUGGGGAGCCGUCGGUCAAGGGGCCGCUGGUGGCGCUCAUGACGCUUGAGCUGCGCUGCGUGCGCCAGUGGUACCCGGGGCCCGGGACGCGCGCCUUUUUUGAAGGCUUUGCUGGCGGCUGUGUGUCUGAUCUGGAAGCGUGGGCGCAGGCCAUUGGCGGCGGCGAACAGCAGCAGCAAGCGCAGGUCGUGGGGCAGCUCGUCAGCAGCGCCGGCGGGCCGGGGCCAUCUGCAUCAGCAAACGGAGACUCAGCAGCGGCGGCGACAGCAGCCGGCUUGGCGUUUCCGGCCCCGACUGCGUCUUGCAGUGCAGGCGCCGCCGCCGGCCCCACAAACGGCGGCGCCGGCGGCUGCCACACCUGCCCGGCGGCCGCGGGCGCGCCAGGCCGUCUGGCCGUGCGCUCGCGCACCGACCGAGGGGUGCCGCUGCUGGCGCGCGUGCUGCAGGCGUGCGUGGACCGAGUGCAGGCCGCGGUGUCGGCGAUGCCAGAGAUGGCGGGCGCCGUGCCUUCCAUCUUUUCGGCCGGCGCGCCGCCCGUGGCGCCGCCGGGCGACGGCGACGAAGACAUUGUGGAUAUGCAGGAGGUGCCCAGCACGCUGGCGCGCCUCGCGUCGUCGGCGGGCGCGGGCCCGGGCAGCAAGGGCGCCGCGGCAGGGUCAGGGGCGGGCGAAGGCAAGGCGGUCUCCGGGCAACGGGGUGAUGGCGCGGGGCCGUCGGACGCGCAAGCUCUGCUCAGUGGGCAGCAGCCGCCUCCGCCGCAGCCUGCGCCGCCGCAGGGCCAGCAGCAGCAGCAGCAACAGCAGCAGCAGCAGCAGCAGCAGCAGCCUUGUCAUGGCCAGCAGCAGCAGCAUGGGGAGCAUGAACGGCAACAAUCGCGGCAAACGCUGCCGCUGCCGCAGCAGCAGGCGGAGGAGCAGCAGCAGCCGCAGCCGCACGAGCAGCAGCGACGGCGGCGGCAGCAGCGGCAGCAACGGGUGCAAGCGCGGCAGCAACAGGACGUGAAGGACCAGCAGCAGGUGCGGCAGGAUGUUGGUGGCAGUGCUGACAGCAGCGAUGCAGAAGUGACGGCGGUCAUGGCCAAGUUCUCGCGUCAACAGGGUGCGGAGGCAUCGGCAGCUGCGGCGAGGGCGGCGGCGGUGCGGCUGAUGUGUCACGAGGACAGCGACGGGUGUAUCAUCAUUGACGAUGACUGA